AUGAAUGAUGAUGGUUUUUUGGUUGUAUUAGACAAUUUUGUAGACGUAACUAAUCAAAUCAUUGGAACAUUAAAAGCAGAAUUAGAUUGGAUUCAUGAACAUCAUGCAAGAUGUAAUGCUGCUAAGACAGUGGGUACCAGUGCAGUAGUAGCCGGUGGAGUUUUUAUGGCAGCUUCACUUAUAGUGGCGUCAUUUACAGGUGAUGCAUCAAUUGUAGCCGCAAGUGGUUGUAGUCUGUUAGUAGGUACAGCAGGAGCUGCUGUAAAUCUCACAACUGGUAUAGCUGACUUGAUAACCACGCAAUUGGAAAACAAAGAAAUCGAAAGUAUCUGUGCCACAAGAAAUGUUGUGGCUGCCCAAUUGCAGAUACAUUUUGAUGAACUAGAACGCGUGACCAAUGAACUACGACGAUUAAAUGUUGAUGAAACAGCGGCUUAUGCUUUAUCUCUACGAAACUUAGUUUUCAAAGGUAAUAGCAUCAGAACAUCCGAUAUAAAUAUAACACAGCUCAGCAAAUGUACACUGUUGGCACGUGAAUCAUCUUCCACGCUUCUAUGUGGUGGAGAUGCUUUUUGGAAGAGUAUGAGACUGCAACCUGAAACAUUAAUCAAAGUACUCGAUUCAUUUGGUUUUAAUGUGGGAAAAACCGAAGCUAUGCCUGUGGUUAGAACAAGUACAGCACUACUCAGUGGAAUUUUUGCGAUCAUUGAUGUUUGGUCCUUGAUAAACAGGAUUACAGGCAAUCAUCCAACUGCAGAUGCUGUUUCUAAAACGAUUGAUCAGAUGAGCGAAGAGUUAGAUCAAACAAUUGAACUAAGAAAACUUGCAAUGGAAAUUGCAAAUGACACAAAUAUGAAAGAUGCAUUAUUGAGUUGUCCUCAUUGUUCUCGCUCCAGUACUUGCGAAAAUGCUGAUUACAUAGAAGGGAGUGUUAUUACUUGUGCCUAUGACGGCUGUAAGAAAAAAUUUAACCAGAUUAUGUGUGCGAAUUGUUUUGGUUCAAUAAUAUGGAAGAAUGCUGAUUACAAAGAAGGAGCUGUUGUGACCUGUCCAUAUAACAAUUGUAGGAGAAAAUUCUACCAGAUUAUGUGUGCGCAUUGUUUCGGCUCGCUAACUUGGAAGAAUGCUGAUUACAAAGAAGGGAGUGUUAUCACUUGUACAUAUGCUAAUUGUAAGAGAAAAUUUCAGCAGGUCAUGUGUCCACAUUGCUAUGGUUCACUAACAUGGAAAAAUGCUGAUUACAAACAAGGACAAGUUGUGACCUGUACAUAUGCUAAUUGUCAGAAAAAAUUUCACCAGAUCAUGUGUCCGCAUUGCUUGGGUUCGCUAAUAUGGAAAAACGCUGAUUACAAACAAGGGCAGAUUGUGACCUGCACAUAUACUAAUUGUCAGAAAAAAUUUCAGCGGGCCGAAUGA